AUGCCUGAUCUUGUCGAGCUUCUUAGUCAGAUGCUCCCAAUUGCAGAAGCUAUGGGUGCAUUGAUAGAGGACAAAGGUCUUAAAGCUGUUGCCUCGUGUUGUAAGGAACUGCGAGAACUAAGGGUCUUUCCAUCUGGAGCAGAUGUCGAUGAAACAGAUGUUAGCUCUGACAGAACAUGGUCUGGUCUCUCUGUGUCUGAAGGAUGUCCAAAUAUUGAAUAUGUUCUCUACUUUUGUGUCCAGUUUACAAACGCAGCUUUGGUUAUCAUCGAAAGAACCCGUCCAAAUCUCAGAUGCGAUGGAGCUAUUUUGCUCCUGGCUACAUACAGAACACAGCAGCAACUUGAUGAAGGAUUCAAAGCCAUAUAG